AUUCAGAGACUCGAGUGACUGCAACAACAGAGGUGUUUCAGUCAUACAGUCCUGCAUCCUGUUUUGUUCUUCGUCUUUCUUCCGGUACUCGUAUACUACACCUACACCUACUUUAUAUAUAUAUCUUGAUUUGUUCUAUAUUAAUCCACCCCUAGUAAUUUUCCUAAUUUACCCAGCUAAUUAUCCCUUCUCUCCUGUCCAAUUCCUUGGGCCUGUGACUACUGCUUAUCGCCUUGACUGGUUCUGGCCGGACCUCUCCCCUCUCUAGUCUCUUCCAUUCUCUUCCAGCGACUUUUCCCUCCUCUCACACCUUUUCCUCUUCUGUUCAUCCUCGACCUUAUUUUCUUCGUUCUAUUCCUCUCCUUUUAGUACUCUAUUAAUCGCUUUUACUACUCCCCAUGGCCACUUCUGCUUUCUCUCUCCCUCAAUAGUUCUGCUCCCUCCGUCCCCGUUCGCUGCAACCAGGUACAGUAUUCUCUUCUCCCUCUCACCCAACGUCAUAUUUCUUCUCAGCUUAUCAUAAGUGUUUCAGAACUAACAUAUGCCUCUAGUUCUAUCUAUCUACGUG